CCUCGUCAAGAGAAUCAAGCAUGGCAGACCAUGGCAAAUACUCCAGACAGCCAUGGAAAGCAAUCUAUCUUGCAUAUGAGAUUCCCAUAACUUUUCUCGUGCGACUGCCAGUGUGGGCGGUAACAUAUGCUUUCCCGUCAGCGCGACCACGACAUGCAUGGUCGUGGAGGUACGCAAUCUCGGUUGCAUACACUCGGCACUCAAUUACCACUUCUGCUCUAGUGGAUGGUUUGGGCGGUCUUCCUGACCAUCGUGCCAUAACUCCUGCAAAAAAUGGAGAAGGUGUUUGGAUCGACGGAGUACCCCAUCUUAUUACAGCUGAACUCAAAGCCUGGAGCACGCUCUCCAAUGUCGAGCCAAUUCGUAUCCCGGGAUACUGGCUUGGAAAGAAGGGCAUCUCCCAUGUGCCCAAUUCAUUCGUGCAGCCUGGUGAAAAGGUGUUUAUAUAUUUCCACGGAGGAGGAUAUACCGUCGAAUGCGCCCAUCCAGACACCGGCAUUCUUACCAACAUACCCCGCACCCUAAUGGAAGUUGACCCCAAUAUCCCACGUCUUCUGGCGGUCGAGUAUCGACUUUCAUCUGCGUAUCCAUCGCCUGAUCGUCAUCCGUUCCCUACUGCGCUUCUGGAUGCACUUGCGGGGUACAAUUACCUCGUGAAUGUUGUAGGCUACAGCCCGCUUGAUAUCAUUGUCGUUGGAGAUUCUGCAGGCGGGAAUUUGGCUUUGGCGCUCGUUCGAUACCUUGUUGAAAACAGUUCAUCCACCGAGGUGUCGUUGCCAAGACCACCGGGCAGUCUGUUACUCCUCUCGCCCUGGGCAGAUUUGAGUGGUUCGCAUGAUAUCCCUGGCUCAUCUUCCCUCACCAAUACUAUGGACGUUAUCGACGAUCUGGUCGAGGGUACUUUUGCGUCCUAUUGCAGACGAGCCUUCCUCGGUCCUCAUGGUCCCGAGAUGGCCUCCUGCAACCGCUACAUUUCCCCUGCGUCCCUGCAUCCGUCCGCCCAAGCUCGAUUCAAAGGCUUCCCACGUACGUUCAUCACCGCAGGCGGUGCAGAAAGACUCCUUGAUCAGAUACGCACUCUAAGGAACAAGAUGGUCGCUGAUAUGGGUGCAGACAAUGUCACGUACUAUGAAGCGGGGGACGUUAUCCACGAUUGGCUUGCCUUUCCUUGGGAUCCUGCAUGUCCCGCAACACUGAGAGCGAUUCAGCAGUGGCUGGCUUGACCAUUACUCUGUAAUUAGUUGAUCGGCUUCGCAUAUGUAAGAAAAACGUUCUGGAAUGGUGUCCUUGUACUAUGUCCCUUUAUGAUUUCCACUCCGUAUCAUACUUGUCGUAUAGUACUCUUGGCAAUAAGAAUGAUCACUGUAAGACGCA